AUGGCUGAUCAGGGAGAGCCCUCGGCAGCUCCGGUCGCGGCCCUUCCAAGCUCCUCGGCACAGACGCAGUGCCCGGGCAGCUCUCCUAGCGCGGGGGAGGGCGCGGCGGCUAUGCCGCGGCUGCCGCUGGGCGGCUCUGGCGGGGCGGCGGGAAUGUCGCUGCCGCGGCUGGAGAAGCCAAUUAAGCAGGCCUUCUACAACACCGGAGCGCUGCUGUUCGCGGGGCUGUGCUGCGGGGCCGCCGUCCUGGUUUACUUCAUCCUGGAGGCCUUUCUUCGGCCGCUGCUCUGGGCUGUACUCUGCGGCACCUUCCUGCACCCCUUCAAGAGCUCCUUGACGGCGCUGGGCCGCCGCUGGCUUGGCCGCCUGCAGCGCUCUCGCACUCCCGUCCUGCUGGCCGCCCUCCUCCUCCCUAUCUGCUUCGCCAACUAUGGGGUGGAAGCGCUGGGCGAGCAGGUGCUGCGGCGGCGGCGGCUCCUGCUGCUCCUGGGCGCUGGCGGACCGCUGGUCUACGGGAUCUACUGCCUCGGCAGCUCCCUAGGGGUGCAGGUGCUGCUGGCCCAAGCUGCCCGCCUCAUCUGCCAAGGGCUGGACUACUUCAGCAGCCAGUGGAUAUGGACGUUGGUAGCUGGUUACCUGCUGAUGGUUUCGUUCAAGUGGAAUGUAAGCACCGAGCGUUACUUGAAAGCGGUUUCUGUCCCUGUCUGGAUUAUGCUGCUCUUUCACUUAGCUUCUGUGGCAGGUUCCUGGAGAAUUCCUGUGUUUCUGGUUAUAGUUGUUCUGAUGACUGUAGGCGUGUUGCAUGAACAGCAGAACGGGAAAGAGUCUUCUGGGGCAGAGCUUCCUGGCCAGAUGAUUUCCAUUGCUGCUUCAACAAUUGUGAUGGCAAUUUCGAUGACAGAAGAUGAGUCUAAUGCUGAACGUUCCUCACAACCCUCAGGAGCAACAGAAGGUGAUCAACCAGCACAUGCUUCAACAUCUGUCUCCUCCUCUUCAUCCUCUUCUGGGAGCAGACAAAGACCUGAGAUUGGCUCUUUCCUCAGAAAAAAGAAAACUAGUGAUAUUUACUUCGUGACGCUUGUGUGGGCCAUUGUCAUUGUCCAGAUCUGGCUGAAUUUCUGGAUUGUGCAGCUGUUGCCAGUGCCUUUUGCAGUUUGGGCACUUAAAAAACUCGUGAUCCAUUUUGGGGUUUUGAACUGCAUGGCAAACCGCUGCACAAGAUGGUGGCAACUUGUUGAAGGUUUUGUGAAGGAACGUCAGGAAGCUCUUGCUCCACGGCCCAUUAGAGGACUUGGAAGAGUCAUGCUGAAGCUUGACAGUAAGCUGUGGCACUGGCUUAAUGAGAAGAUGAUCGUGUGGCUGGAGAAAAUGCUAGAUAAAAUAAUCAGCAUUUUCAUAAUCUUUUUGCUAGUGAUAGGAACACUUCUGCUGGCCCUGCUCCUUACUGCAAAGGUCCAUCAAGAGAGUGUUCACAUGAUUCAAGUCACAAGCAGCUUGAUCAAUGAGACAGUAGCCAGUCACCCAGAAUGGGCAAACUGGCUGCCAGAAGCCCAGGUCGUUCAGAAGGCUCUCAAUUCCGCGGUCAACAACGUCUAUCAAUACGGUCGAGAAUGGAUUACCCAUAAGCUCCACAAGAUUUUGGGAGAAAAAGUUAAUAACACAGCUGUGAUUGAAAAACAAGUGCUAGAGCUCUGGGACAGGCUUUAUCACUCUUGGUUUGUGAAGAAUGUGACCCAUUCUGGAAGACACAAAGGACACAAGUGGCACAUAAACCGUCAGAACAGCUGGCUUGGUGAUAUUCUGGACGGGCAAGAUGUUGCAUCCUUUGUUCAUGACAACACUGAAACAUUUCUUUCGAUCCUGGAGUCUCUGUGGAUCGUGAUGAGUCGCAACGUGAGCCUCUUGUUUACUACAGUUACAACAUUAGUGACAGUUGUCUUCCAUAGUGGGACAGCUCUUCUGAAUUUUGUGCUUUCAGUGGUAAUUUUUCUGACCACACUGUUCUAUCUAUUGAGUUCCAGUGAUGAAUACUACAAGCCAGUAAAGUGGGUGAUAAGCCUCACACCUUUGUCCCAGCCAGGUCCCUCCUCAAAUAUAGUUGGCCAAUCUGUUGAGGAGGCAAUAAGGGGUGUAUUUGAUGCUUCCCUCAAAAUGGCUGGCUUCUAUGGACUCUACACUUGGCUGACUCACACUAUAUUUGGGAUUAACAUAGUCUUCAUACCAUCUGCAUUAGCAGCAAUCCUUGGAGCAGUGCCGUUUCUAGGGACUUACUGGGCAGCCAUCCCUGCAGUCUUAGAUCUGUGGCUCGUGCAAGGGCAGGGAUGCAAAGCCAUUUUGCUUUUGGUUUUUCACCUCUUGCCAACCUAUUUUGUGGAUACAGCAAUUUAUUCUGAUAUAUCAGGAGGUGGUCAUCCCUACCUGACAGGUCUUGCAGUAGCUGGUGGGGCCUAUUACCUGGGGCUGGAAGGAGCCAUCAUAGGACCAAUUCUACUUUGUGUGCUAGUGGUUGCUUCCAACAUUUAUAGUGCCAUGUUGGUGAGUCCAACAAAUUCAGUGCCCACUCCAUCACAAGCAUCAUGGCCAUUGCAGAGUCACCGGUGAGUUCUAAAUGUCUUCAAUGUUUGCACUGGAU